UUGAAGCUGUAGGAGUCUGGUGAGCAGGGACGGGUCGGUACGGGGUCGUCCUCUGUCUGUUCUCUGUGAUUCAACGAAUCAACGAAUCGGUUCUCAACCUCCAACUCGUCCGUGUCCCACUAAUCCAAGAAUAUCCGCAUCAUCGCCACACCGAGCACGCUCAUUGCGGACUUUUGGUGUGGGACCCAAGAGCCGCGGAUUGGGUUGGGCGAUAUCUGGAUCCGAUUCGGGCAGGAACGUGAGUCAGGAACGUGAGUGAGCUUCAUCCAGGGAGGUCCUCUGAAUCGACCCGCCAGCCUGGGGGAGCAGGGACCGGGUGAGGGCUACCGGAAAGUGGAAUGGCCGAAUGGAUCCCCAAUUGGCACCCUCAGCCGGUAUUGCGCCUCUUCAGCCUGCUCCAGCCCAAGUGCCUCACGAUAUUUUAGAAGAUCCUCCGGCGGACCCACCGGCCGGUGCACCCCUUGUGGUUGGCCCGCAGCCGCCCGUUGCUGCACCCUCUCCGGCUGUUGCCGCUGUUGUGUUGCCCGUGGCUCAGCCUCAGGGCGGAGGUCCCCGUCAGCCCGCCCCCGUGCCAGGAAACGCCGCUGGCGGUGAACUUCAAGCCCCUCCGGGUGAACAGUUGCCUUUAGGCGCGCCUAAUCAGCCCGGGCCCGCUCCGCCCAAUCCAGGUAGUGCCAACGAGGCUCGGGGUCAGCCUGCCCAUAAUAAUCCGGCAGGACCCGCUGCCGUCGGUGCUGGACCUUCAGGUCAAGUUGCGCCCGCUGCGGCUGCCGCUCAAGGAGUAGGCGCCAAUCAGGCCCAUCGUGCGGCGUCGUAUCGCGCCUCCGCGAAUAAUAACGCGGGCAGCAUGGCCAGUCAGAGUGCUUUGGGGCGCGUGCCUACGCCCCCACCUUCGGAUGCGGCCCCUCCCGUGGCCGAGAACUGGUGUUACACCCAAGUGAAAGUGGUCAAGUUCAGCUACAUGUGGACCAUCAGCAAUUUCAGCUUUUGUCGGGAAGAGAUGGGCGAGGUGCUCAAAAGCUCGACCUUCUCGGCCGGUCAGAACGAUAAACUCAAAUGGUGCCUGCGGGUCAAUCCUAAGGGCCUGGAUGACGAGAGCAAAGACUACCUGUCUCUCUAUCUUCUCCUGGUGUCCUGUAACAAGAGCGAGGUGCGAGCCAAGUUCAAGUUCUCCAUUCUCAAUGCCAAACGAGAGGAGACCAAGGCCAUGGAGAGCCAGCGAGCCUACCGCUUCGUCCAGGGUAAAGACUGGGGCUUCAAGAAGUUCAUCCGGCGGGAUUUUCUCCUCGACGAAAGCAACGGUCUCUUGCCGGACGACAAGCUCACCCUGUUCUGCGAGGUGAGCGUCGUAGCUGACAGUGUCAAUAUCUCGGGUCAGUCCAACGCGGUGCAAUUCAAGGUGCCGGACUGUCGCCUCUCCGAGGAUCUGGGUUCGCUCUUCGAAUCGUCCAAUUUCGCCGAUGUGACCUUGUCCUGCAACGGGCGGGAAUUCCAGUGCCACAAGUCGAUUCUCACGUGUCGAUCCUACGUGUUUGCCGCCAUGUUUGAGCACGACAUGGAGGAGAGCAAGCACAACCGAGUGGAAGUGAAGGAUGUCGAUCCGGAUGUGAUGGCCGACAUGCUCAAGUUCAUCUACACGGGCUGUGCUCCCAACCUGGAGACCAUGGCCGCCGACUUAUUGGCCGCGGCUGACAAAUACGCAUUAGACAGACUCAAAGUGUCGUGUGAGGAGGCCUUGUGCAAGAGCCUCAACGUAGAUAACGUGUCCGAGAUCUUGAUCCUGGCCGACUUCCAUUCGGCGGACCAGCUCAAAGCUCAAGCCAUCGACUUCAUCAAUACCCACCACGUGACCGAUGUGAUGGAGACCCCGGGAUGGAAACAAAUGGUCUCCUCUAAUCCACAUCUCAUCGCCGAGGCCUUCAAGGCCCUGGCCACUCAACAGAUCCCCCCUAUGGGCCCACCUCCUCGGAAGAAGCUGAAGUAAACGGCUGCAGCAGAGCCCAACAAGCACCACACUUCCCUGUAGAGCGCACACGUGCCUCCUUUAAAACACCCUCUCAAGAGUCACGAGCGGAGUAUCUUUCAAUAUUAUUAUUAUUAUUAUCAUCGUCAUUAUUAUUACGACUAUUAUUAUUGUCUUUAUUAUUGCUCCUUCCAGCUACUUCUACCACUACUACUACUAUUAUUAUUAUUACUAUUGCUACCACAAACAACCAUUAGAUGAUAAAUGAUAGUUCAACAACCUUGUGAGUGUGUAUUUGUCAAUCAAAGAGUCGUCUUUCUCGAUGAGCCCAUCGACACCCAUUAUCAUCAGAUAUAUUUAACCAUACAUGCAAACUUACACCCGUGCCCAUUGAAUAUCCCAACAGUAACCCCCCCUCCUCUCAAUUCCCUCAUGUUUCACUCUUUUCGUGUAUUCCAUCAUCAAUUUUCAAUGUUGGUUAAAGCUCACAGAUGUAUCAACACUUGACACGGAUCUCUAAGAAUAUAUAGGAUAUCUGUUCUUCCACAUGAUUUGAAAAUUUAUCGAUGUUGAAACUUAAAAAUCGAUUGCAAUAGAUUCCAACAUGAAAGCCUCUCCUUCCCCAGGAUUUUGAUAGAUCCUUAUGUACUAUCAACUUUCGCUCCUAACCCUCCCACCAAAUGUAUUCAUUCUUUUGACCCAAUCUAUAUGGAUGAGUUAAUAAAUGGGCGCUAGAAUAUUACAACGAA